GACUCUGCUGUCGACCCUUCCUCCUCCCGAUGACUCAGGGUCAAUGAACGGGUUGAGUGGGCAACACUCAAGUUGGGACAGUUGACUACACUCUCUAUUUUCAGCUGAUGGGACUUGAGCUUUGAACUGUCGCGGCGUAGGUGCAGAGAAAUUAUCCAAUUUCUCUCGAGAGUCGGGUUUUUGCGUCAAUCAUGGACCGGGAGCAAGACGGCGACGACACUAUCCGAACUGGGAUCCUUACAGUGAGCGACAGAUGUUUUCGGUCAGAAGCGACGGACACGAGUGGCCACAAUCUCGUGGAAUUGGUGCAGUCGAAAACCUUGAUAAAUGGGACGGUCACCAUCCGACAAUGCACUCCCGACGACGCGGAAAAGAUAAAGGAAGUCUUGGUAAUGUGGGCAGACGUCAUGAAGCUGGACCUGAUUUUGACGACUGGCGGCACAGGCUUCUCGGAAAGAGACGUGACGCCGGAGGCUACAAGAGCAGUGAUCACAAAAGAAGCCCCUGGAAUGGCGGUGGCAAUCAUCCAGAAAUCGUUAGAAGUCACUCCCAUGGCUAUGCUUUCGAGACUGGUCUGCGGAAUCAGAAACCAAACUUUGAUCAUCAACCUUCCAGGCAGCUUCAAAGGAUCUCAGGAAUGUCUUCAGUUUGCCAGUCCAGCUAUUCCACACGCUAUUGACCAAUUGAGAGGAUGCAAGGAGAAGACCGACAAGUUCCAUGCUUCACUUUCGGCGUCGUCUGCUCCGUCCACGAAAGCUAAAAAACAUGGGUGCCAGUGCACGGCCAAGGAUUCACCGAUCAACCUGUCAAGUGAGAAGCGCGAGCCGGGGGUCGCAAACCGGCCGAGACACUCGCCCUACCCUCUGCUGUCCGUCAAGGAGGCUCAGGAUAUUGUGCUGAGGGAGUGCUUCAAGACUGGAAUCGAAGCGGUCGCCCUCAAAGAUGCCCUUGGGAGACUCCUAGCCGAGGAUGUGCAUGCCAGCGAUCCUCUGCCACCUUUCCCAGCAUCUAUCAAGGACGGUUAUGCAGUCAUCGCUUCAGAUGGCGAAGGUCCAAGGACUGUGAUCGACGCUGUGGCAGCGGGUUGCGACCCGGACUGUCGAGUCUCGCCAGGUCACUGCGUGAGGAUCAGUACCGGCGCCCCAGUCCCAGAGCCCUGCGAUGCCGUGGUGCAAGUCGAAGAUACCGAGCUUCUGCAGGCAUCGCCAGACGGGACCCAAGAAAUCACGGUGAAGAUUUUGAAAGCACCCAAAACAGGUCAAGAUAUCCGCCCCGUCGGCUCUGACAUUGAGAAGAACGAGCUGGUUUUGGUUCAAGGAACUAAGCUCGGUCCCGCCGAGCUCGGGCUUCUUGCCACCGUGGGCCGCACGACCGUCAAAGUCUUCUGCCUGCCAUCCGUAGCGGUGCUUUCUACUGGAAAUGAGCUCGUGGUUCCCGGCAGUGAAGUUCAACCCGGGAAGAUAAGGGACAGCAACAAGACCACCUUGCUCUCGCUGCUCUCAAGCAACGGGUUUGAGGCCAUCGACGCCGGAAUUGCGCUCGACAGCCGUGCGGACCUCUGUGGAAAGCUCCGACGCGCCUUCGAAGCAGCCGACGUGUUGGUCUCUUCGGGAGGUGUGUCCAUGGGCGAGAAAGACCUUUUGAAGGCCGUGCUCUCCGAGAAAUUCCAGGCUACCGUACACUUCGGGCGGGUUUUCAUGAAGCCGGGAAAACCGACUACGUUUGCGACGCUGCAAUACCUGGGCAGACCCAAGUUGGUGUUUGGCCUGCCCGGAAAUCCGGUGUCUGCCACGGUGACAUGCCACCUCUACGUGUUGCCGGCACUUCGAAGGAUGUCGCACCACAUCAACGUCUUUCCGACCGAAAUCACAGCAAAGCUGGCCGACGAUAUCCAGCUGGACCCCCGUCCAGAGUACCACAGGGCAGUGCUGAACUGGAGCCCCGGUUCGCUCCCAGUUGCCACAAGCUCUGGAAACCAGAUCAGCAGCCGGCUGCUCAGUUUCCGCGGCGUCAACGCGCUCAUCGUUCUCCCCGGAUCCAAGGAAGGCGCCGAGACUUUUCGUGCUGGCAGUCUCGUAACGGCCCUCGUGACGGACCGGCUUUGAAGGUCGAUAUACAGUUGUGCUCGCAGUUAGUAGCUUCACCGGCAGCUUCUCCACGACCCGAUCGAAAAAGCUCUGCUUGCAACCAAGGCUUUCUUUUUGCAUUUAUGACGCAACCGAGGCUUGCUUUUUGCAUUUAUGACACAACCGAGGCUUUAUUUUUGCAUUUAUAAUAGGGGGAGAAAAAGUUAACUUUUUGAUGGGAAACCUAAUCCUAAAAGGUUAGGAACAUUUUUGAAUUUGCAUCUUGUUGAUUUGUUUUCGUGGGAUUAUACCCGACAGUAAAUGUGGAAACUGCUCAACAUUAUCCAGUGGUCUUCUGUUUCGAGGCAGCUACAUAGCCUCUAGAUUGAACAUCGGGAGGUGAAUUAGACUGCCAGGGUAUAGUUUUUGUAGGUUUGUACUAUAGGUAAAGUCAUUGAAAAACUGUUCUUGCAUUAGAACUGGCAACUGUUUGGAUGUUCUCAAAUGAUAUAUUGAUAAAGAAUAGUUUUGUGAAAGAGCUUGCCUUUCUAUAUUAAUAAAGCCAUUAAAAAUUUUGAGAUCUAAAAAAAAAAAAAA